UCAUCUUACAAUCAGGUUAUGGAUGCAGGAAAUCUGUCCGCUAGGUCACCUUCUCUUUCCAAUCAGAAGCAUCGGAGGAGGAAUUCUCGUGAUGAUAAUUUGGAUAGGUUCAUCCCAAAUCGUUCGGCAAUGGAUUUUGACUUUGCGAACUACAUGCUUACGGGCAGGAAGGUUGAAAAGGAAAGCUCCUCUCCAUAUUCACCAUGGAGAGAAUCUUACCGGAAGCAACUUGCAGAAAUCUUCAAUGUUAACAGGACACGGAUCCUUGCAUUUAGAAACAAGCCACCGACUUCACUGGAUGGUGUCAAGGAGAUUCCGCCACCUUCCACCAUGUCAAAAUGUGCAAAGCGAAUGAGACAUAUUUCCCAAUCGAGUGAAAGGACUUUGGAUGCACCUGAACUUGUGGAUGAUUACUAUUUGAAUCUGCUUGAUUGGGGUGUUGCCAAUACUCUCGCUAUAGGUCUUGGAAACAGUGUGUAUCUUUGGGAUGCAUCUGAAGGGACCAGCUCUGAACUUCUAUCAACGGAUGAUGAUUGUGGCCCAAUUACAAGUGUCAAAUGGGCACCCGACGGAAGACACAUUGCAGUCGGAUUUAACAAUUCCGAGGUUCAGCUGUGGGACUCUUCCACCAAUCGAUUGCUGAGGACUCUUCGAGGACAUGGAUCGAGGGUCGGGUCGCUUGAUUGGAACAACCACAUCUUGACAACAGGGAGCAUGGACGGUUUAAUCAUCAACAAUGAUGUUAGAAUAAGAUCACCUAAUAUUGGGACAUACAGAGGCCAUCAUCAGGAGGUUUGUGGAUUGAAAUGGUCAACGUCCGGUCAACAACUAGCGAGUGGCGGCAACGACAACCUUCUCUUUAUAUGGGACCUCUCAUGCAGCCAGAGGCUCCACCGCUUCUCCGAGCAUACUUCAGCUGUAAAAGCCCUGGCCUGGUGUCCGUUUCAGAGCAAUUUAGUGGCAUCUGGUGGUGGCGUAGGUGACCAGUGCCUUAAGUUUUGGAACUCGAACACAGGUGCGUGCUUGAAUUCGGUGAACACGGGUUCACAAGUGUCAUGCUUGCUUUGGAACCGACAUGAACGAGAGAUUUUGAGCUCUCAUGGGUUCAAUGACAACCAACUCAUUCUUUGGAAGUACCCUUCUAUGGUUAAGUUGGCAGAACUUCAUGGGCAUACUUCAAGGGUGCUACAUAUGAGUCAGAGUCCGGAUGGGUACAAGGUUGCAUCGUUGGGUGCUGAUGAGACGCUAAGAUUUUGGAACGUUUUUGGCACACCAGAAGUGACCAAAAACACAAAGGCGGAGGAGCCGUUUGCUUCUUUUGCACGUAUCAGAUGAAGUAUAUGAUCAAAACCAGACGACAGUCACGAAAGUUAAGUUUGUUUGUGAAGGGAUCGCACAAAAUUUUUGUCCUAUCAGAAGACGAAAUUAGUCCUCAUACCCGAAGACAUGUAAAAUGGCUGAAUCUGAAUAAGUUUGAUGGCAUAAAUUGUCUUCCUGGACACGUGAAAUUGC